AUGCAUUAUUCUCGCUUCCUCGCACUGCUCCUCCUGGGGUCUACGGGGUCCAUCGCCACCGCUACAGCAUCUUCCUCCGAGCCCGCUAUUCUCGGCUACGUCGAUGGCGAUGCUCUCGAAAAGGUCCCCGAGGCUUUCCAUGAAUCUCUGCAGCCUACUAGCGAGGUGACUAUCAAUGCCACCCUCCUAGAAGCCGCUGCACCGCCCCCCGAUGACGUCAAUAUCUCCCGAGACCAUGAACUCUACUCCUACAACAUGUUGAGGAAUACUUCAUGGUCGCUGGCGAUGCGAUCGUCGGGCCCGGUCUGGGUUCACGAAAGUCGGAUCUCCACGGUGGAAGUCACCCCAAGGGCCACCCAUCUGGAGGGUCGCUCGCAGGCGAACUACUGGUAUUCCAGCGCUCCAUCCAGGGGCUCCAGCUGCCCACCGCGGAACAAUCAGCUACGUAAUGGUGCCUGUGUCACAUUUUCCCUCCUACCCAUAAUCGGUCGCAACGAUGGCGUCUAUCCUAAGGUCAACAUCUACACCGGUCCGGGAUGCGCCAGAUUCUGGACCUCCCUCCUCGGCAAUUGGGGAUCCUGUUUGAAUUUGCAGGCGAUGGAGAAUAUGGAUCAUUUUUCUGUCCUGCCUUUCAACCAGAACGUCUAG